UUUGAGUACUCCCCGUUAGAGCCAGGGCAUAUCAGAGUCCUUACGCUCCUCCCACGACGCGCCGGGGAGAGAUUUGCUAUUGUGCGAUGUACGAUGCGGCAUGUGUCUUUAGAUACAAUUCCUUCCGAAGCGCAGCUUGGAAUUGCAUUGUCAUACGUCUGGGGGCCGACCACCCAAGAAAUGCGGGACAUCAUCCUCAACGAGCGCACCUUCACCGUCAGCGCCAGCCUAUGCGAAGCCAUGGCAUGUCAACGAGGCAGGAUCGGUGAUAGACCGCGCACGAUAUGGAUCGAUGCCAUCUGUAUCAACCAAUCCGACACGGCCGAGCGAGCUUCUCAAGUUUCAAUGAUGCAACACAUAUACUCGCGAGCUGAUGCUACCGUCGUCUGGCUUGGGCCACCGGAAAAUGACAGCGAAAGCGCCUUGAAUGCGAUA